AUGUUCUACCCGUUUCGAUUCACGCUCUUGUUUUAUGGUCUCUUCGUAAUUUACUUGGUUCGGGCCGAGCCGGAGAAAGAAAACCACUUCACUUUGGCUCUAAAGAAGACGCUCUUCAGCACAGCGCGCUCUUGUAUGAGCCAUGUCAAUGCCAACGAAACUGACCUAGAAUAUUUGAGGAAAGACCCGCCAUUUCCUGACAAAGCAGCAUGCAUCAUAAAAUGUCUUUUAGAGAAGAUCGGUGUCGUGAAAAACAACAAGUACUCGAAAAUGGGCUUCCUGACGGCGGUAUCGCCACUCGUCUUUACAAACAAAAAGAAAUUGGACCACUACAAGAGCGUAUCCGAAAAUUGCGAAAAGGAGAUCAACCACGACCAGACAACGGAAUGCGAACUUGGAAACGAGGUGGUUUCCUGCAUCUUCAAAUACGCACCAGAGCUGCAUUUCAAAACAUGA